UCACUUCGUAUCUGAACGUACUUCAAAACUUGAUAAAAAUAUCAUUACAACUGCCAUAUCUCUUUAUUACCUUCGAUUGGUGGCCUUCGAACAUCGUACUGAUUGGAUAAAAUCAUAUGAUAAGUCAUCUGCAUGGUUAAAACAACAAGUUAAGAAUGAUGAAAUUGAGCACGAAUUAACUGAUAUUGCAAAGAAAUUCGUCAUAAAUACCUACAAAGUGAAGGCUGAAACGAUCGAAGCGGACAUGAAGGCAUUCCCAGAACCAGUUGUGGAAACAAAGAAAAAAAGCGAAACAAAGAUCAUACCAGUUCCAGUACCAGUCGAAAAACCUUUGUCCACCGUAACGGAAGUUGUUAGAAAAAGCACCUACACUGUUGAGCAAGAACGUGAAGCUCUUGUUUCCGUUCAAACAUCUACUACAGUUGAAAAGACCAAGACAAUCAUUUCUUAUCAACACACGGAGGGAUACUUCAAAUUAAGUGAGGUUGUUUCCAAGAAACUUGAGAUUUCCGAUGAGUCCUCGGUUAAAUUGAUUCAAUCUUAUACCACCAACGAGUCAAUCAAGAAAUUAACGACCAAGACCGAAAUUGUUUCGACCGCUUUGACGAUCAGUUAUUUGCAGACUUGUGCUAAUCAACAUGAGUCCCACUGGAAGGUUCAAUAUGAAAAGGCAAGGAAAUACCUUAAAGAACAAAUCAAUGAUAGUGAGAAAGAAGAACAAAUCUUGGCCAUUAGCAAAAGAUUGGUAGUAGAAAGGGCGACUCAAAAAGUUAUCCGAAAACAACAACGUUCCGCUUGGUCUUCCAUUCAAACAUCAACAACAAUCGAAAAGACAAAAUCUUUCUUAUCCACUUUCAAAACGAAUCAUUUCGAAUGGAAUCAAACCAUUUCAAAGAAACUUAACAUUUCCAAUAAAGAUUUUGUUUCUACUUGUGAAUCAUAUGUCAAGUCUAAUAAACUCAAAGAAACGAUCAAGACGAAUACCAACGUGUGGGAAACCGCAAUUCAACUUCAUUACCUUAAACUUUCAGCCUCUCAACAUGAAGACCAAUGGAAGGUUAAAUAUGAAGCCUCAAAGAAAUGGAUAAGCAGUCAGAUCAACGAUGCCAAAUUAGAAAAAGAAUUAUGGGAUGCUUCCUAUAAACUAUGCGUGGAAAAAGCUACACAAAAGGUUGUCGUCAAAAAGAAACGUGCUGCCUUAUUACGCAUUCAAUCAAAGACCACGGUUGAAACGGCAAAGGCUAUUAUCUCAAAACAAACAAAAGAAGGCGCAUUGGAAUUAAGCGAAGAAGUUAGCAAACGUAUCGAUGUAUCUUCAUCGGAAUCAUUGCUGACCACCAUCAAGUCAUAUGACGUCAGCGAAAAGUUCAAGAAGAUGACAAAUGUAAAAAUCAUUGAAUGCGCGACUGUACUCGCAUAUCUCAAGACUACGGCUUCCACACAUGAAGUUCAUUACAAAGCUGAAUAUGAACGUGCAAAGAAAUGGCUCACCAGUCAAUGCAAUGACGAAGAAUUAGAGAAGGAAGUUUUAGCAGUCUGUAGUAAAUUAGUGGUGGAAAAGACUUCUAAUACC